AUGGCCCUAACCUCCUGGAAAACCUUCGACUUCUUCGAAGCCACCCAGAUCACCCCGCCCCCCUCCGACACAUCCAUCUUCGCCUUCUCCUCCAUCACCGCCAUAACCUCCGGCUCCGACUCCCUCUUCCUCGCCUCCCCCGAUGGCGACGUCCGGAUCCUCUCGCGCGGGUUCCGCGUCCAGAAGACUUGGCGCGCGCAUGACGUUGGGGUAAUAACCCACAUGCGGCAAGUCGAAGGCACAGCGCUGUUGGUCACAAUCGCCGAAGACCUGCCCCGCGAACCAGUCCUGAAAGUCUGGGCGCUGGAUAAGCUGGUGAAGAAGACAGGGCUCCCGACGUGUACGUCCUCGCUCAACAUCCAGAAUGGGCGGAAGCCGUUCCCGAUAAGUGCGUUUGCGGCGCUGGGGGACUUGUCGCAGCUCGCGGUCGGGUUUGCGAAUGGGGCUGUGACGGUGGUGAGGGGGGAUUUGAUACAUGAUCGCGGAACGAGGCAGAAGACUGUGUUUGAGAGCGAGGAGCCGGUUACGGGCGUCGAGUUUCGCGAUGUGGCGAGGUUGACGACGUUGUAUGUCAGUACGACGGCGAGGCUGCUGAAGUUGGUGAUUUCGGGACAAGGGCAGGGACAACCGGCCAGGACGAUUGAGGAUGCGGGGUGUGGGGUUGGGUGUAUGACGGUGGAUGAGCGGAAUGGGGAUGUGAUUGUUGUGAGGGAUGAUGCGAUAUAUUACUACGGCAUUGAUGGGCGCGGGCCCUGCUUUGCGUAUGAUGGGACGAAGAGCUUGGUGCAGUGCCAUGAGGAGUAUUUGGCUAUUAUUACGCCUCCACAGACCAUGUUGAAUGCGAAGUCGAGUACGCUGAGACGGUUUGGGGGGAGUCAGGCGGAGGACCUGUUUAAUACGGGUACGUUUACGGUGCUGGAUACGGAACUGCAGAUUGUGGCUCAUUCGGAGAGUAUGGUUAGCCAGAUUCAGACGCUGCUUAACCUGUGGGGCGACUUGUACGCGCUCACGCUGGAGGGGAAGAUAUUGAGAUACCAUGAGAAGACGCUCGACCAGAGGCUCGAGAUCUUCUAUCAACGCAAUCUGUUCAUCUACGCCAUCAAUCUCGCGCAGAAAUCGGGAAUGGAUGCGCAGCAGCAGAAUGUCAUCUUCCAGAAGUACGGAGAGCAUUUAUACCAGAAGGGUGAUUAUGAUGGCGCGAUGCAACAGUACCUCAAAGCGAUCGAUAGCACCGAACCGUCCCAGGUCAUCAGGAAGUACUUAGACUCGCAGCGGAUACACAAUCUGAUCGAGUACCUGGAAGAGCUACAUGAGCAUCACAAAGCUACGGCAGAUCAUACGACGCUGUUAUUGAAUUGCUACGCGAAGCUGAAGGAUAUUGACAAGCUGGAGAAAUUCAUCAAGUCGCCAGGAGAUCUCAAGUUUGAUCUUGACACUGCGAUUUCGAUGUGCCGGCAAGGCGGGUAUUAUGACCAGGCAGCAUACCUGGCUACGAAGCAUGGCGAGCAUGAGAUCGUUGUGGACAUAUUGAUUGAGGAUUCGAAGAAGUAUAGCGAGGCCUUGAAGUAUAUCUGCAGGCUCGACCCUGAUUCCGCUUAUCCGAAUCUCAUGAAAUACGCCCGCGUAUUAUUGGAGAACUGUCCAAGGGACACUACGAAAGUUUUCAUCGACUACUACACGGGAAAAUACCAACCCGUUCUCGAGGUUGUUGCCACAGAAACUCCUCCCCAAGAGGCAGGCUACGCACAAAAUGCAGCUCAAGCGGUGCAGGGUCUUGCCAACCGUAUCCCGGUGCCGUUUAGGAAUGCUCCUGCGGCAACACCGGCAACGCAAGUGGACAUCAAUCCUGCAAUAAAUGAUGUUAUAAACUUGGGUGAUAAUGGUUCGACGACAACAACCCCUACAUAUACACCACCCCGUCCACGGACGGCAUUCUCGUCUUUUGUCGACCAUUCCAACGACUUCAUCACCUUCCUCGAAGCAUGUCUCGCCAAGCCCGACGUCGCUGAAAGUGACAAAGUCGACCUCUACACGACCCUGUUUGAGAUGUAUCUUAACAAAGCCAACGAAGUUGACGAACAUGAUCGGGAAGAGUGGGAGGCCAAAGCCAAAACCUUGAUCGAGGAUAAAGACAUCCCAAUCGAUACCUCCAACGUCCUCCUUCUAUCCCACCUGGCAGACUUCAAAGACGGCUCGAUCCUCGUCCGCGAACAGGCAGGCCUGCGCUUUGACAUUUUCCGAUCAUACACCUCUGCCAAAGACACACGCGGCGCCAUCAAAGCUCUCCGAAAAUACGGACCCGACGAGCCGGCGCUAUACCCGGCAGCAUUGGCAUACUUCACCUCCGACUCGCGGAUCCUCAAAGAAGCCGGCAGCGAGCUCGACGCUGUGCUCAAGAAAAUCGACGACGAUGGCCUCAUGGCGCCGCUCCAGGUCAUCCAGACACUCUCUGCUAACUCCGUCGCGACGAUGGGACUGAUCAAACCUUACCUGCAAAAAACCAUCGAGCGCGAGCGCCGCGAUAUUGACUCCAACCAGCGCGUCAUCUCUUCAUACCGUGCUGAGACAGAAACUAAGCGCCGCGAAAUCGAAGAGCUCUCCACCAAGCCCGUCGUCUUUCAGGCAACACGGUGCGCGCGCUGCGGCAGCCCGCUCGAUCCACCUAUGGUGCACUUCCUGUGCAAGCAUAGCUUCCACCAGCUGUGCCUCAACGUCCCUAACGAGGCAGAAGGCGAGAAAUGGGAGUGUCCGACGUGUCGGCCGGGGAAUGAGACGAUUCGUGCGAUUAUGAAGGCGCAGACGGAAAUGGCCGGGAAGCAUGAGGUUUUUAAGGAUGCGUUGGAGAGGAGUGGUGAUCGCUUUGGGACGGUUAGUGAGUUCUUUGGGAGGGGGGUGUUGGGGGUGCCUGGGGCAGAGUAGCGGACUGGGGGACUGGGAGGGGUGGGAUGAGCGCCUGCAGUCUGGGUGUUGCUGAUUGAGGAGUGAUUGGGCGGGGCGUUAUGAGGAUGAGCGCUUGAAGUCUAGGUGUUUCUUGGGAAGGGCGACGCGAAGAAAGGCAACCGAAGCAUAACUGUAGCAUAAUAAUAUUUGGCUUGCUCGUCUAUGGCAAUGAAGCACGAUAAUAGUACACGCAUGACAUGCCCUCUGAAGCACCAUUUUGGGUCCUUAUCGUGAUAAAGCACUGUUGUACGGUGGAUCGGGCCGGCGGCCGCACUCGUCAGAGACACAGUCAGUGUGGGAAAC